CUGACUCCUAUGUACUUAUCUGAGAUUAUUUUGUCGACCUUGCCCGCUUUUGCUUCGUUCUAGUAUUGGAUAAGCGGUUUGUCACGUUGAAGACAGGAAAUGGUAUGAUCAAUGUGGUCGACUCGGAAUUUCUCGUAGAACCAAGUCUGCAAGAGAAUGAAACUUAUAUGUAAGUGAUCAAUUAACAAAAAUGUCAUAUGAAAUAAUGAGUUCGUAUUACCUGUAGUAGUGGGAGGUUCACCUCCAAGUUCGCGUCUCCGUUGACAAACUUACUCACACUUGGCAUUAAGUGCUCGAGAGAAAGUUUUGCAUAAUUUAUGGAGUUUAUAGUAUGUAUGUCCACAACAAUACAUACUAUGUGGAUGACCACAAAGGAUCACUUUCUUGACAUUAAGGGAGGGAAGCUCGUGAAGGGAGAUGCUACCCCGUCUAGUUUUUCUCGUGUGUUCGAACCAGUCUUUGUGCAUUGCAUUUCACCACUUCACAGGGGUAAGACUUGGUUCCUAUAAUCUCUUCCUAGACCCUACCUUGUGUGGGAGCUUAUGUGCACUCGGUCUGUCCUUUUCAGGAUUUGGUGAUGGGCACAAAGAAACAUCACCUAUGGAUGAGCUGGCUUGGCUAAAGCCUUAGCCUAAGCUGAAAGCUACUCUUCCUAAUGGAUGAGUCCUCGUUUUGUGAAACAUGUUCUUGCUGGCCUUUGCUUGUACUAACUAAUGCAUCUAUUCUUUGCCCCCAUCAAGGUUUAUUGGGUAUUACAUCCUCUAUAACAAAAUGUAUGAUGUUUUUUAUGCCCUAUGCAAAACCAAAAAAACGCCUUACAUUAACAUAUAAGUUGUUCAGGUUGAUCAAGCGUAAAAUAGAUUGACGUAGUGAUUAACUAAAUGGCCGUAUAUAGAUGAAAGGAAGGAGUGUGCUGAAAGCUUAAUUAACAUGUUCUUCCUGGCCUCUACUGGUCCUCCCCUGACAAGCUCAUGCUGCAAGCCGCCGUGAGUGUGUCAAUGACAUUCUGACAUUCUGACUACAUCUGAUGAUGGCUAAACGAAUGCCUUGUGUGAUAGGAUCAAGAUCUCUUUAUCUAUGGCAUGACAAGCUAGAUAGAUUGUUGUCUGUACUAACAUCUACACCCUCUGUUCCUAAAUAUAAGAUGUUUGGCCAGUUCAAUUUACAUUUAUAAACAGAGGUAAUACAUAUUUACACUGAAUUGUUUUGCUCUCUUUUGUUACAUCUUUUCGGUUGUAUGAACACUUAAUAAUUAGUAUAUGGACUAGUGGAUUCUCUUUGCACCGUUGUUCUAUGCAGGGAGGGAGAUAUAAACGUGAUUGGUUUAUUCAUACUUGAGCUAGCAUUUUCAAAUAGUAUGAUGAAAUAAAAUUUUCAAAUACUUGGAACAAGCAAAUUACAGCCACUUCUGUCGUAACCGCAGCCCAAACAAACGAUGCUCAAGUAUGCUAGAAGCUAACUUAGCUUUAGCGAAAGGUAAAGAAGCGUUCUCUUCCCGGUUAUCCUUUUGUGUGAUAUGUUCUUCUGUCUGGCCUUUUGCUUUGUCGUCCUAGCCACUGACAAAUGCAUCUGUUCUUUGCCCAUCACAUAGUUCUGAGAAUAUAUAAAGACCUGCUGUGUUCUUGGUCGUGGAAGCGACGCGCACGAAAGCAUCGAUCUUUGCCGUGCGCAUGUAUGUCCCAGGUUGCAGCAGCAGGGAUUCUUUUAUGCACCGUACGGUACGGGCGGAUGAUGUAUGCACACCCUCAAACCAGAGAAAACGCCCAUGGUUUAUUCCCAGGUGAUUCUAAUGAUCCUUUUGGUUAUGUGGGUGUGUUUGUUCUCAAUCAUGAUAUAGUUCUAACGUAGUAAACUGUAUGAUGAUGAACCUUCCAAUUAGGCUGGACAUACAAUGUGCCUUUGUUUUCCAUGAGGUAUGUGGGUUUGCAUGUUGGCAUCAUUGGAUGACGCUCUUCUCAACCGAAACCUUAGAGGGCGCACGUUCGGUCUGGUUGUGGCGUCGUGCAGUACCUCAGCCUUCUCAUAAGAAACUGAGACGAGCCUAUUAGAUAUGGACUAAAAGAGGGGCAAUAUGUACAAGAAGUCACAUUUUUUUUAAGGUAACAUGGCAAGCUCUACAAGCCCCAAGACCGCCUGUUUUGAAAUAGGGCAUUCUCAAAGCAGGAUGUUAUAACUAACAUAGCUUGCAAAAACGUUUUACAUUGUGGGACAGAGGGAGUAGUUCUCAAAAUAUAAGUCCAUCAUAAGAUGGAUGCUCUUCCUAGCCCCUUUGCUUGUCGAUCGUCCAAUUCUGAGAAUAAUUAAAGACCCGGGCACAUGGAGAAGUGCCUAGGAAUCCAGCUCAAGCAGAUGUUGCCCAAGGCUUUGUGCACACUGCACACAGGCAGCAUCGAUCCAUGCCUUGCCUCUUACCCUGACUGAAAUUCUGUCCCACAUUGUGGCACACGCAUGCCAAAACUGGCAGUACAAAUACCACAAACAUAAGAGCACAAUGCAAACACAUGUGCCAGCCACCAGCGUCUUCCUGAGGAGGGGGGCGGGGCUAUGGUGCUGCUGUCGCCGGUGAGCCGGGCUGCCGCGGCAAUGUACAACUCCAGCGCCCGCCGCGACAUCAUCAUCAACAAUGUCACGGUGUGUGCCACCCCGGCGGCCACGCUGGUGGCCAGCUUCACGGUGUCCGCCGACAUGCGUACCACGGAGCGGCUCAUGGUCACCACAACGGUCCUCAUGACCAUGCUCGGCACCGCCCUCUUCCUCCUUGGAGUUUCGGGACGCCUCUCGGGCCGGGGCCGCGGCCACUCUACCGCCACCCGCAUAUUCUUCCGCGCCUCCUUCGCUCUCUUUCUCCCCUUCAUGUCCUACAUGUUCUCCCAGGCCAAGAGCAAGCCACCUGACACCGGCAACCAACCCCGUGCGCAACUCAUUCUCCUCUGGAUGAUCCUCGUCGAGCUCCUCCGCAAGAAGGUCUACGCCAUGGUUGCCCCCGCCACCGAUGCCUUCGCGCGCGGCGUCGGCCGCUACAGCUUCUUUGAUGCCGUCGAGGAGGCUGCACGCAUGGCGUGGAUUGGGUACCUCAUCUACACCUACGUGCAUGGCUUUGGCGUCAAGUCCUUCUUCAUCAUCCUCUGGAUCUUCAGCGUCGUCAAGAUGUGCAAGCGCUCCAUGUGCAUCUACCUUGCUAAGCGCUCCUUCGACCUCGCGAAGAACGCCGCCCUCAUCUCCGGCUACAUGGUGCAACUCGUCAACAAGCGUCGGCAAUUGCUCUGCGAUGACGAACACGCAGUUGGCGCCGGUAUAAUGAGGGUUUGCAACUACGCGGUCAUGGGAGAGAGACGGCUCAAGAGGGAGGUGACACCCCAUGGCUUCAAGAUCCAAGAAGAAGAAAUCAACAAAAUUCUCCUUGGAGAUGGAAGUCCAAAUGGGAAGGAAGAGGUCAAAAAGUCCGAGCUGGUCCGGGUAUGUAACAUAUGGGACCUCGCCAAUAGUGACCCCAUAUUCAGGUACAAUUUGAGUAGGAAGCACAAGUUGGAGAACAUUUGCCUUGCCGUCGCACUCUUCAAGCUGCUUCGACGAAAGAUGGAGCACUUCCACAUGGCAGAGGCGGACACCCUACAAGCGCGCGAUCUCGUCCUCCGGGGACUCCUAGCCCUCGAGGGGCACGAGGACGAGGUUGCCAAUGCUGAGAGGGCUUUCGAGGUGGUGGAACUGGAGCUGAGGUUUCUGGACGAGUACUACCAGGCCAUCAUCCCGUUGGCAUUGUCCAAGCCAGGGCUAUUCAUAGCCAACUUUGUCAUCUCCAUCGUCUUCAUCUUUUUAUACUGCAUCACCGUGCUCCUCGUCACAGGCAAUGGCCACAUCUUCAAGGUGCUAGGCUCCCUCUUUCGGGGGCUCAUCGGCCUGUCCAUCGACAUGGUGGUGCAGUACAAGUGCUUCGUCCACCAAGUGAACUUCCUCUUCGGCAUGGUUUGCUCCUCCUCCGACCUCAUCGUCACCUUCCUCCUCACGCUCACCCUCCUCGCCGUCGAGGCAUAUGAAUUCUUGCAGUACGUGCUCUCUGAUUGGUUCAUUGUGUCGGUGAUGUACACCUAUGCCCGAAAGACAAUGCUCCAGCAGAAGGGGCAUGCCGGGAGGGUCGCCAAGGGCACGCUAUGGGCGAAGCACCGCUCCCACGCUGUCAUCAAGGUCCACCAGAUCACCAUGCUCAAGCCCCACUAUCUCGACCCGCGUUGGGUGUGGAUGCUCGUUUCCCGCCUGCUCAAGAGGCGCCUCGUCGGGCUCCCCGAUGCCAUCGUCACCGGUGACACAAAGGCGGCCAUCGUCAAGGCGUUGAAGGACGUCCUCACCCCAAGCUGCGGCAGACACUUCAGCAACGGCAUGGCUACGUUGGAAAGGCAACGCUUCCUUAACCUCAAGUGGGCGUGCGACCCCAAGAUGAGCACCGCAACAAUGAUAGUGGUGUGGCACAUCGCGACAGCCCUAUUUGAGAUGAGGGACAAACAGAAGCACCCUCUCCCACCACACGGCCAGGCUGCCCUGACGUUGUCGAGGUACUGCGCAUACUUGGUGGCCUACGAGCCGGGGCUCCUCCCGGACAAUGAGGCUUGGACGAAGAAGGUGUACAAGGACAUCAAGGGGGAGCUCAGCAGUUUCUUCCAGAGCUGUUGCAAUACUGGUGACCGCCGUGAGCGUCUGGUGAAGUUCGGUCAAGGAGAAGAGGACGAGGAGAAGUCGGCCAUGGUGAAGGGUGUCAAGCUGGGGAAGCAGUUGGAGGCCACUAGCAGUAGCGGUGGUGACUUGCCUGAGGAUGAGAGAGUGUGGGGGAUGCUACUCGAGUUCUGGGCAGAACUUCUCGUGUUCGUGGCACGCAGGCCAUCGGCGGGCCCGGAGGCGCACGCGCUGGCACUGAGCAACGGCGGCGAGUUCAUCACCCACAUCUGGGCCAUGCUCACCCACGCCGGCGUGCAUGUCCCCAAGAACCACCACGAGGACCAGGUUCCAUCGUGCAACUGCCAUCUAGUUUGAUCACAGGCUCAUGAUCAAGGCCCAUCACAGCCAGUCUCAUCAAAUUCUUUGCUUAUUUGUUGUUGUUUUGAGAAGAGUCGCAUAAUAAUACUUGUUGUUGUUAUUUAUUUUCUUUUUUAAGUCACUUUCUCUGAUUUAUACAAGUAUUAGCUGGUGGGCGUAAUAAUACUGUAAUGAGCCAGUUGGCAUAAUCAUGUAAUGUUCUAGCACAAGAUGAGCUGAGAUGGCAUAGCUACACUCGUGCCAGUUGUGCUUGCAGAUGACUAUAUAUCGUAAAUUCAAAAUA